AAUAUUUUUCAGUUUGACUCUGUCGCUAAUAAGCUUUGUGUGUCGGUUAAGUACAAAACCCUGUCAAUGAAGCGAGGCUGCCGACUUAUAUGAAAGGUCUCUCAGACUAGCCAAGCAAAGAUUCAAUACUGACUACUUUCCGCAGAGUUGUGCUGUUUUAAUUGUCAAGUGAAAGGAAAGCACAAAACGCAAAUCAUUCCCUCGGGAGGGCUACACAUCCCUGGCGUCAAAGCCACUCGUUAACAUUAGCAUAUUACUGUUUCAACUUUUUGUAACGACGUCUAAUUGAGAGCCUUCAACCAAGCGGAACGGACACACACUCAAGUGAGAAACGAGGAGUACUUCAACAUAAACAGGUGAUAACGGGUAUAUGGAAUCGGAGGAGGACUGGCUCUGAAGAGGUGUCACUGGAUUAAGAGUGAGAUUAAUACGAACAGUAUAUCGUCAACUUUGAAAUUUGGACUUAGUUGAACUGGAUUAUAUGAUCUUUAGGAGUGCGACAACAACCAAGGCAUAUCUUGCUGGUGUUAACAACGAAUGGAAACAGUGUGAAAAACAGUUACUACAAUACGUCACAACAGCCGGCACUUGGUGACUAAUGCCGGCAACACUGAUAAAGCUGCAAACUGAUGCGGAACUCCGACAGCCAUGGAUGUUGUGCCGUUAUACCAUGUUAUACCAUGUUAGACUAUGCAGAGUGAGGGUCGCGGUUGACGGGGAGUUCUCAACUUAUGUUUGGCAGCCGCAAAAAGGCGACGGUGAGAAAACAUCUAUCAGGUUGCAUUAAUGAAAUGAUCAAUAUUUUAUCGAGUUCUCUGAUCGUCUCGCUCGGUGUGUGCACCUGCCCCGUGGAGAGUUCGAUCGGCAGAUGGUCAACACAGAUUUGACCAGUGGCUGGAGGUUUCGCUGUCCUGGAAUAACCCUCCUCUGCUUUCGAGGCUCUUGGCUCAGCUGAAUAGAGUGCGGUAUCUCCAAGCUUCCGGGCCAGGCUGAGAGUGCGUUUGGAUAGGAGUGAAGAGUAGUCUAGGUAUGCUCGAGACGUGUAGGCGGUGUUUUCAUGCUGUGAGCCAGGAAUGUUCAAACAGAAGUGUUCUCCGAUAGCAAAGCGUCAAGUGCUUACAGUCACCCUACAAUACCGAUGGUUCAAGUCAAGAUUUGGACAGUUUUAGACUCAUACACAUUGACAGCUGCAACUUAAACUUCGGAUUUUGUGACUGCCACCAAAGAGUCAAGAUUUUGCCAAAUAGUUCCAACCCCUUGACAGAUUUAACUGUCUCGGGGAACGAUCUUUUUUUCCCAAUCCAAGUUUGCCUGAGGGGUCGGGCCCUUUAGGCUACCCGGGACCGAUGAAGGAGUUAGAUAUGGAGGUAGUUGUAGCGAAGAUAAUUUCGCUAGUCAUUUUGACUAUCCUGACAGUAUUGACGGGCCUAUGCCCCCUUCGGAUUCUCAUGCAUGCGCCGAACUUUCUCUCCAAGAACCGCCAAACUAUUGAGUACUUCCUCUGUGGACUUCGGUGUUUCUCGGGUGGUAUAUUUCUGGCGACAUGCUUUCUUCACCUCCUGCCGGACACCCGUAACAAGAUACAAGUCGUCAUGAGGAACAUGGGGUCGCGGUCAACGUACGCGGUGCCAGAACUAUUGAUAAUGGCCGGAUUUUAUGGAAUUGUUUUCGUUGAUCAGUUCAUUAAAUGGAUGUAUGUUAAAGCAAGUGAGGCAGAGCGUAAACCAAAACGACGGAGAAAGAAGUCAUUGCCAAUAGAGGACACGCUUGGCCUUGACCACAUGGAGAUGAACGUGGAAACCACCAGUCUCCGAUCCGACGGAAAUCAGGAUAGGUUGUCCGAAGAUCUCCAUAUCAACGACAGGGUGGAUGAAACAACUAUUAAGGACACCCUUGAAUCGGACAUUGAGCCAGCCCCUUUCCAGGAUAUUGAGGUAAACAAGGUAGUGUCCGAAUUCACCAAAGCUGACUAUUCUAAUAAAGGACACUUUAGACUGAUAAUCUAUAUAACAGCGCUCUCCUUCCAUGGUGUGUUUGAAGGUAUGACCCUAGGUUUACAAAGUGUUGAGAGCAACGUUUGGAGCCUUUGUUUUGCGAUCUGUGCCCAUCGCUGUGUUCUAGCCUUCAAACUAGGAAUGGACUUGUGUAAUACAGAGGAGAAGCAGGGUACAGCCUGGCUUUGUAUUGGAACAUUUACUCUCAUAUCUGCUUUAGGAAUUGUAAUAGGCAUUGUUAUAUCAUCAGGAGCUAUGUUGUAUGCUGACGUUACCGUGCCCGAGGCCAUUCUACAGAGUCUUGCUACGGGAACAAUAUUUUACAUUGUAUUCUUUGACAUUCUCUUCAAGGACCUACAAGGAAAAGAUGACAUGAAGAGAAUUGGGUGUUCCUUCGUGGGUUUUGUUUUGAUGGCUGUUGUGUUUGCUAUCACUAUGUCAUGAUAAUCAGUCCUAAGUGCUAUCUAAUCAGAGAACGACGCGAGUGUGCCACGAUGCUCCGUUACCACUGCUUCUACGGUUCCCAAGAGCUUUCGUAAUGCUGAAUGUUUGUGGUGUUCUGCUUGUAGAUGUAGUCUCUUCGACAAAUCACAUCCAGGUUUCUGAACAUGCAUGUCAACUUUGGCCAGAACAGUAUACUGCGGUUGUGAUACAUCUUUAUCAGCCAAAAUACUUUCAAAGAUCGGACGAUGAACUCUGAUUAGUGACGAGCCGGUCUAGAAAUUCUCCAUAACACCUCAAGGGAACAUGGCUAAAUUCGAUUGUAUGCCCUCGGGUGUCCGUCUCACUAUCAAAUGAGGGGAUGAAGACGACGAAGACUCUGUGAAGGAUUUGCCGGAUUUUAACAGACACCGUAGACAUAAGUCAGUUUCAGUAAUGCUUGGUUGAGUGUGUCAAAUCAAUGGUGAGUUUCUAUAUUUCCACGCAGCCACAAAUCCAUGUCAAAGGACGCUAAAUGUUUUCUAACAUGUCCAACAAACAGAUGUGUAACUGUAUCAGAUCAUAGUAUGAUAUUGAAUAUAUUUUGCUUGUUA